UUAAUUAUUAAGCCUAUGUGUUUAAUCAUACCUGACUCUGCAAAUUGUGGAAAUCUAAUGCUCUGCUUAAGCAGAUUCUGCAGCUGGAAGGAAAAUGGGAUCCUAUUUUCUACAUUUGGUUAGGUUAAGUACAGUAAUCUUGGAUAUUUCUGCAGACUGAAUACCAAUGCUGCUUAUAUAGUUUUAACACGUUUUAGAUUCCUUUUUGCUUUUCUAAUAUGGCAAAGUUUUUGGAUUACAGAAAUUUGUUUUUAGUAAUUUCAUUUGUAACAAGUCUGCAGAGCACAAAGCUACUGUCAAAAUGGAAAAUGUGUGGUGAUCAGGAAUGUGAAACUGCAAUGAGCAGAGUCCAAGGCACUAAAGACUACAUAGGGCCUGACUGCCGAUAUCUGAAAUUCAAAAUGGGGGAAGAGAUAAUCGUAUACUCCAAACUUUCAAGAAAAAGGGAAGAUUUGUGGGCAGGAAGUAAAGGAAAGGAUUUUGGAUAUUUUCCAAAGAAUGCAGUUCAGAUUGAAGAAGUUUUUAUUACACAAGAAGUAGAAGUGCCAACUAAGGAAACUGAUUUCCUUUGUCUUGAUGGAGGUGAAUACCUUUUGGAAAACAAAGAUAGUGUAUUGCAUGAACAUAAUGAAGAAAGUGAAUAUCCAUUAUUUGACACAGAACCCGAAUUAAAGGUGCCCGAAGGUGAGCUCCAAAAACAGACCAGUAUUUCCUUCCAAUUGGAACAUGGAAUUGAGUCAGUUCCUGAAAGUGAUGAAUUAGCCAGAAAAUUCAAAGACCUUCACAUGCAGGAGAAGACUGACAGCAAUAAAUUGUCCAUAAAGAGCAAGAAUGGAAAAGAUGAUGCUAUUCUGCAAGAAGCUAAAAGCAGUUACCCAUUGAAACCAGCUCCAAUACAAUCUACUUGGACUGUUUCUGGUGUUGUAGGAUGGUUUGGCCUAGGAAGUAAACAAGAUGAGGAAGCCUUGGUAACAAUUACUGAAUCUGUAGAAGAAAAUACAUUCAGAAGCAGAAAAAUGGCCAUAACUGAUGGAAGUGACAUGAAAGAACCAAAUGAUGAGGCUAAACCAGAGCCUUCUGGCUGGUUUCAGAAUAGACUGACAGAUUUAUUAUAUUUUGGUAGAGAGAAUUCAGAUCUUACUUUGCUGAACAAAGAAAAUAGUCCACAAAUCCAUGACAGUUCUAAUAAUGUUGCACAUUCCGAAUUUGAAGAAAGAACUAUAGCUGCAGAAACUUCAACGGAAGAAAAGCAAAAGAGUGACAGUGAAGUAUCCAAAUCCAGCUGGCUUAAUUUCGGCUUAAGUGAUGUUUUAACAUUUGGGCAUGCUAAGAAAGAGAACCCUAUAACAAAUGAGGGACAAAGCAGGGAAAUGGAGGUUGCAACAGGUAAGAAUGAAGAAAUUCAGACUUUGAGCCCACAAGAAACUGAAUCUGAGCCAGACAGAGAACUGAAGAAAGAAACAGCUAAAGUAAUAAGCGAAAAACAAAGUAACAAGAAAAAUUAUGUACAAGAAAUAUUAGUUUCAGAGAAUAAAACACCAACUUCUGGGGAGCUGCCAGUAAAUGAAGAUAAUCCUCUCAACUUAGAGAGUCCCCAAAAUGCAGCGGAGUCAUCUUUUACAGAAAUAGCUGACAAAGACAAACUAAUUGAUCCUUACAGUUUAGAACAAGACCCUGUAUCAGAAACUCAUGUUAUGGAAAACACUGAAGUUAAAGAGAUUACUCAGGAGUCAAAAAGCAUAAAUGGCCAGUCAGGUUGGUAUGAAAAUAUAUAUAGUAACUUCAUUACUUUUAAUAGGGACACAUUAGAUAGUGAACAGGGGCUGGAAUCUGUGGUUGCUCAUGACACACAGGAAUCAGUUACAUUCCAGCCUGACUCUUUUCCCAGUUCACCUCAGAACUUAGACCCCACUGUUGCUACAAAUUCAGAAGAAGAACAUGACAGGUUUGAAGAAUCUCAGUCUGUUCUCUCACUUAGUCAUUUUACAAACAUACUGAGUUUUCACAGUUUAACAGCCAAAGUGCAGGAAUCUGUGCAAAGUGCACAGGUGGAUUUGAACUUUAGUGAAGAAUUCUCUCAAUCAGAAAAUCAUAAUGAAAUAUUACAAGGAAGUAAAGAAACCACAGUGAAAUUGCAAGCAAAUCAGAGGAUUAGUGAGAAUGUGCAAGAGAGGAGAAAUAUAGCAAAGUCUCAAGAAAGUGUUCUGUUGUCCCCAUUAGCAAUGCAAGGUAAUGCACAAAGUAAUGAAAAAACUAUACAAGAUGCCAGAUUAGUAAAAGAUAGCAAUACCUCACCUCUUUUAUCUGUAGAAUCCCAAUUAGAACCUAAAAUCUCCCAAGUUCAACACUCACAAAUAACUAGCUAUUCAAACUUCAAAGAACCCAUUUCUGAUGAUAGUGAAAGACAAGAAUUUUCUAAUAUAAAAGAUAACAGUGAUGUCCCUCUCUUCAAAGACCAUCAGUGUGUAUCUUUAGAUUUAAAGUUAGAAAAUACAGUAGUUUCACCAGUACAACAUAAAUAUGUAAGUGAAGAUUUUUAUUCUAGUGAACAGCAUGUGUUAUCAAAAGAGAAACCAAUUGAACAUAAAGAGGACAGAGGAGAUAAGAAUGAAGAAAUGCAUUCUUUAAAACGACAGGAAACUGAAACUUUCAUAGAGAGGAAGUCAAAAAGAGAAAUAGUUGAAACGAUGCAAGAUGAAGAACAAAAUAAUCUGAAAACACAUGAACAAGAAUCAGUAGAUUCAGAAUGUGAAACACCAACUUCUAGGGAGUUGCUAGCAAAUAUAGAUAAUCUUCUGAACAGCCAGAAAAUCCUAAAUGAAGCUGAGUCACCUCUUACUCAAGAAAUAUCAGACAAAACCAAACUUACUGAGCUUUACAGUACAGAAAGUCAAAUAAUAGAAAGCACUGAAGUAAAAGAGAUAACAGAGGAAUCAGAGAGAAAAAAUGACCAGGCAGGUUGGUAUGAAAAUAAUUCUGGCAACAUAGAUUUUAAUAUGGACAUAGCAGAUGAUCGAAAGGAACAGAAAUAUAUUGUUUCUCAAGACACAGAAGAAUCUAUUGCAGCCCAGCUUUUAUCUUCUUCUCGUUUAUCUCAGGAUUUAGACACAGAUGAUAAUUUAGAUAAAGAAAAGCAAGACCAGUUUGAAGAGCCACAGUCUGUCUUCUCUUUUAGUCAUUAUAAACACUUACUGAGGUUCCAGAGUUUUGCAACCAAAGAUGAGCAUUCUCUGCAAAGGCAAUCAGGGAUACUGAGCUUCAGUGACGAAAAUGGCCAAAUUACAAAUGGCGAUGAAAUAUUACUAGGAAACAAGGAAAUUGAACUUAAAGUCCAAACAAAUCAGAAGAUUAAUGAGCAAGUACUAGAGAAAAAUGAUGCAGACAUUGCCAAAGAAAGUGUUCUAUUUUCUCCGUUGACAAUGCAAAAUAUUGAACAAGAUGGUGAAAACAUAAUGAAAGAGACUAAAUUAGUAGAUGAUAGCUCACUUCUUUCAUUUACAGAAUCCCAGUUAGAACACAGAGUAGACCCUUUAUUUACAUAUCUAAAAUGCAAGGAACACAAUACUAAAUGUAAUGAAAGAGAGGAAUUUUCUAAUAUAAAAGAGAAAAGUGAAUUUUCUAUUUUAGAAGAUGAGCAGCAGGUGCCUGUAGAAUCCAAAUUAAAUAUUAAAGAUUCACCAGAGCAACAUGGAUCAUUCUAUGAAGAUUCUUAUUCUAAUCCACAAAAAACUAGUAAAAAGGAAGAAAGGCAAGAUUACACAGAUGAAAAUUUUUCAGAGGAUAAUGGUCAUGAACGUGACAUUGAUUACAUUGCUAACACAGAGAAAGUUCAAGAUUCAGACCAAUUAUCUUCUCUAGAAGUUGAUGAAUCAUCAAAAUACCAUUUAAAUAAUAAAGUACGGGGACAACAUAUUACUUUAAAUUCUGAAGAAGAAAGAGAAUUUACUGAUGUGGAAUAUACUGAAAAUUAUUCUCACAAAAGUUUGCAUGUAUCACUAGAUUCCAUAAAAGAUCAUGUUUAUUAUUCAAAUGUUGAUGAUGUAUUAGACAAAAUUGUAGUUAAUAGCAAAGACAUGAGUCAGGUUUCCCAAGACAUAAUAAAACAUGUUUCAGAGAGUGGUGGAAACAACCUAGAAGACAGUGAGCAAAUGAUAAAAACAUAUGAGCCAAAUAAACUCCAGUAUGAAAAAAGAGCAAAUAUUUUGGCUACCCAAGAAACACUUUCAGUAGCUAAGAAAAUAUCUAAGGAAAUAAUACAAAAUGAAAAUGCAGUUCUUGAGCAAGACAGUCACACUUUAAAUGAUUUACUGUAUGGUUUGCAAAGCAAAGGUAAUGAAGUUCCACAAUCUUCUGUGCUAUUUCCACAAGAGCAAAUAUAUGAAGAAUACAAUAAAAGAGAACUUAUUUCAAAUCCCUCUGAUCAACAUUCUGAUGAUACUAGAAUGCGUGAUGAUUCAGUAACAGUAAAUAUUCAUAAUGAACAUGUCUUACAAGAACAAAUUAUAGCACCUGAUGCUAGCACUGAUACUUUUCCAGAAGAGGAGCAGCAAUCUCAACAAAUUUCCAUGCAUAUACAACAUCAUAAGAAAGAGCCAACAGAAAUAACAAUGGAUGAUUCAUCUUCUCAACAUGAGACUCUGAUAUCAGAAUAUAGAACUGGAGAUAAUACUGAUUCAGAUUCUGGUAAGAAAUAUAAAAAUCAGGUGCUACAUAAUACAAUAAAAGAGUCUUACAUAUCGUCAAAUUUAGAAGUACCCGAGUCCAGCAGUUCAAGUCAUCAUGAAGAUACAGAAAGCACCAAUACUGAAAAUGAAUCUGAAUACCUGAGAUCAUCACAUCAUCAUUCAAAUGACAAUGUAACAUCAAAGUUACUAGAUGUAGCAGAAUCUCAGAAAAUGUCUGAAGAAAGUUUAGUAAAAGCAACUGCAGAAUCCAAUCAUAUUCUACUUACUGGAGAUGAGCAUUUAUUCCAAGAAAAAUCUAGAAUAGCUGAAAACUCUGAAAAAAUAAACCUACCAUUACAUUUACAAUCUUUUGAACAUACAGAAUUGCAAAGUCAGGCACCUCUUAAAAAUCAUGGUGGUUCUACUCCUAACAAGCCUUUGUCACAUAUUCCGCAUGAUUAUAAUUCAGCACACAAGCAAGCAGAACAUUUUCCUUCACAAAGUGAAGGAAAGAGCUUGGAUACACUCAGUUUAAAUGCUGUGAAACGUAGAGAUCUGAAUAAUGAAAGACAUAUUGACAGGGAAGAUACUCUUCCAAAUGAAAACUUAAAUCGUAUAGAAAAAUUAACUACUGCUGAAAAAGCAAGAGAUAGUAAGAAAAAAAGAAAAAAAGAUACUGAAGAUCAGAGAAAAACAGACUCCCAAAAUAUAAAUGAUAAAAAUGGCAUAGUGACAAAGGAGACGGUGGGUAGUAUUUUUACAAAAACUUCAAUGUUUCUUGGAAGUUUGUUUAGUAAAAAUAAUAAUGGUGACUUUAGAAGAAAUUCUGAACAUAAAAGUCCUGGCCUAGACACAAAUGAAAAUAGGGAAGAUAUUAGAAUAGAUGAGAUAAAGGCAGAAUGUAAUAAUAUGCAAAUAAGAGAGACUGAAUUAAAGGAAAAUGAAUCUGAACAAGAGAAAGACACAGUUCAAACUGCAGAAGCUACCAAUAACUUAAACAUAGAUCAUAUAAAAAUGCCAAAAGAUAGAGCUGAGGAAGAACAACAUGGCAUUCAGGAAAAAAAUAUUAUUACAUCAGAAACAGGAACAAACAACAAGGAAACAGAUAAAACCAUAGUCUGGAAGACAGAGUCUGUGUCACAGAAAAUAAGGAAAGAAGUCCAAAGGUUAAUUGAAGGGGACACAGAUACAUCCAACCCAUUUGUUGCAUACCAACUUUAUUCAAAAUUGUCUCAAGAAGUGAACCAACGUUUAAAAAAUCUGUGUGAAAAAAACAAACUGUUGGUGCUAGAGCAACAGUUUAAAAAAGUGCAGCAUGAUAUCACUACUUCUACAUGUGAAGACACUCUCAUACAGAAUAAACAUGUGAUUGUCUCUGUGGAAGAGGAACAUAAUCUGGGCACUGGCUAUGACAAAUGUAUGAAGGAAAAAAUGAAUUUUCUUCUAGAGCUACAAGAUCUUCUGUCAGCCAUCAGAAUGAAGUGUGAAACCCAAAAUUCAGAAUCAGAUAUAUCUGAUGAGAGAAAAUUAUCAGACAAAGCUCCAAGAGAAGACCAUAACAUGAAUACAGCUUUGCACAAAGAACAUAACAGUGACCAACAUGAAUCAAAAGUAACAACAAUUGCUCCAGUAAAUGCUCAGGAGAAAAUGUACACGUCAGCAAAAAAUGUUCUGUUAGGUGCUAAAAAACCUUUAUCACAGAUAUUUUUCCUGAUUCAAAACUAUAUUCCUAAUAAUGAAGACUGGAUAUAUCAGAUUCUCCUACAUUUUAAUGGAAUUGAUGUUGGUGAUGCUGUGCAAUCUGUAUUUUCAGCAAUGGCAACUGUUAGCAAAAAGGUUAUGGCAGCAUUGCCUAAAGAUAUGAGACCUGGUCCUGAUCUUUAUGGUUUCCCAUGGGAAAUAGUGAUUUGUGUUGCAGUUGUUGGAGUUUUUACAGUCUUACUGUUUCUGUGUAGGAGUUAUCAAUCAGUUAGAAGCAGACUUUAUGUAGGAAGGGAAAAACAGCUUGCCAGUAAAAUUGCUGAACUACUGGAAGACAAAUGCAAAGUUCUCGAAAAACUUAGUCUCUGCAAGAAAGAGUAUGAAGAUUUAGAAUCAUCUCUAAAGGAUGCCAGUCUUCUGAAAGAGUCAACAGAUACAUCACCUAUUGAGGCAAACUGUGAAAAACUGAACAGGUCAAACACAGCACUCAAAGAUGAACUAGAGAAUUUAGAAAAAGAGUUGGAAGAAGAGAAGUCUAAGCGAUCAGAACAGGAUGACUUGAUGGCAGAUAUACAGAGAAGAAUGGAGUCUUUAGAAAAUGAAGCAAAAUGCAUCCAGUCACAAGUGGCAGAAGCCAAGACCACAUUAAAAGUAUUUCACAUUAAUAAAGAGAGACUUGAGACAUCUGUCCAAGAUGCAAUACAGGAAAACUGUCAUCUUCAGGAAAGUGAGAAACAGCUUUUACAAGAAGCUGAAGGAUGGGGUGAACGAUUUAGUGAACUAAAUGAACAAACAAAAAUAUUUGAAUCAUCUAAAGUAGAUAUGGAGGAAUCUUUGAAAAACAAGGAAAGUCAAGUCAAGUCAUUGACAGAAUGUUUGUUGAAGAUGAAAGACUGGAGCGCAGCAAUAGGAGAAGAUAAUGCUGAAGAUAACCACUGGGAUGUUGAUAUAAUGGGUGAAACAGAAAAUGGAGAGGCUUUAGAUGAUCAGGAAAAGCGAACGAUAAAGAAGCUGAUCUAUGCUGCUAAGGUAAAUGCUUGUUUAAAAACCCUGGAAGCAGAAAGAAAUCAAGUAUAUUUAAAACUGGCAGAUGAAGAUAAAGCUAAAGAAGAACUUACAGAACGCAUUGAAAAACUCCAAAAUGAACAAGUCUCCUUGCAAUCUGAAAAUUCACAUUUUGAAAUUGAAGUUCAAAAGCUUCAGCAAAAGCUUAAAGUAAUGACGGAACUAUAUCAAGAAAAUGAAAUGAAACUACACAGGAAACUAACAGUAGAAGAGAGAGAGAGGUUACAGAAAGAAGAAAAACUCUCUAAAGUAGAUGAGAAAAUUAAUCAUGCUGCUGAAGAACUAAAUAGUUACAGACAGCGAGCAAAAGAUCUUGAAGAAGAGCUAGACAGAACCAUUCAUUCUUACCAGAGUCAGAUUACUUCACAUGAAAAAAAAGCUCAUGAUAAUUGGCUGACAGCGAGAGCAGCUGAAAGACACCUCAAUGAUAUGAGAAAAGAAAAUGCACACAACAGACAAAAAUUAACUGAAAUGGAAUUUAAAUUUGACCUUUUAGAAAAAGAUCCUUAUGCUCUUGAUGUCCCAGUUAGAUCAUUUGGCAGAGAGCAUUCACCAUAUGGACCCUCACCAAUGAGCCGUCCUUCAUCUGAAACAAGAGCUUUCCUGUCCCCACCAACCUUACUGGAGGGUCCUUUAAGACUUUCACCUAUGCUUCCAGGUGGUGGAGGAAGAGGAUCAAGAGGAGCAGGGAAUCCUGCUAUGUAUGAAGCAGCUAAUGAAAGAGGGGAAUUGAGCUCUGAUAGGUUAUCUGAUCCCCACAGAGCACCUUCAGACACUGGGUCUCUAUCCCCUCCAUGGGACAGAGAUUGUAGGAUAAUUCAUCCUCCACCAGGUCAGCCAUAUAAUGAUCCAGCUUUCCCCCCACGACGACAAGAAAGAUUUUAUUCUAAUUCUCCAAAUUCAGGAAGACUUUCUGGACCAGCAGAACUACGAAGGUACAACACACCGUCUUUUGAUAAAGCAGAUGGGCAAGCAUCUCCAGAGAACAGUUCGAGGACAGAGCCAAGUGGAAAUGAAACUAAAAACCAUCCCAAUUUUAGUAAUUUCCUAAAUGUGUCUGAUCAGUCACUUGUGUCUGAAAGUGAAGCAAUUGGAGCAGGGUUUGUUCCCCCGCCUCUCCCUCCAGUAAGAGCCCCUCUGCUGCCAGUGGAUCCCAGAGGAGCUUUUAUAAGAAGAGGGCCUCCUUUCCCCCCUCCUCCUCCAGGCAUGUAUGGACCUCGUGAAUAUUUUCCAAGGGAUUUUGCUGGUGUACCAUGUCCUCCAUUGACAAUGAGAAAUCCAUUUCCACUGAGGCCUUUUUCUCAGUAUCUACCACCAAGAGCUGGAUCUUUCCCACCUCCUCUGCCUUCACUUGAAAACAGAAGUGAGCCUCCUGGGUUAAUUCAUCAAUCUAGUACUCCAGGUACAGAACAUCCAGAGCCACCACAAGAAACUUGAUGCUGCUGUAUGACAUUUUGGGAAUUAACCUGAUGUACUGUUUCUAUACCUGUAAAGUCUUCUUACAUCUUCAGUUAAGUAACUACUGUUACUUAAGUGAUUCUAUAUAAAUACUUUGCUCAAAUUGAAGCUGAAUAGAAUAAUUCUCAGGAUAGUAUUUUGUAAAUAAGGAUAAAUUAAAUGGCUCUUUGUACAGUAGACAUUUUAAAUUAAGUAUUUUUAAUUUGAGUAACCUAUUCUGAAUGUAUACAAAACACAACUAGAGUAACAUUGAACACCGUUCAGCUACUAUGUCUCAUCUGCACAGGAAAACUCUGCAUGCAAAGAACAGUGCUUGCUAUAGAAGACAAAUGUGAAAAUGUUUGAAUUAAUAAAAUGCAGUCACUUUGAAAA